AUGUUUCCCAUAACAUUCAACGCCAUCGGCGACAUUCUUGCCUUAGCACAACUCCUUCGCGACAUCGCGCUCGCGCUCGAUGAUGCGCGUGGUUCUGCUGCUCAUUGCCAGCGCUUCGCCCACGAGUUGAGGCUCCUGGGUGCCGUUAUAGCGGACGUGCAUCGUAUCGCAGAAGCUUCUUUGGACGAUGCCCUUCAGGACGCCACGUUGGGGGAGGUUCGCCUCUGCUACGAAGAACUGGCCAGGGCAGCAAAGCUCUUGCCGGACUCCGAGAGGUUGAUGAACAUGACAGUUGGCGGAUCGCUCCCUAGUCGUGCACGUCUGGCGGCUAGUAAGUUGCAGUGGCGCUUUCUGAAGGCCCCUGAUGCCGAUGCACUCGCCCUUCGCUUCCAUGACGUAUAUUUGCGUCUAACAAUUCUCAUUGGGACCUUUAACUGUCGAUCGAUCGAACAGGGUGUGACUGAGCUCUCUGGGGAGCUUCAUGGGCUGUCUACGGUAGCAGAGCACGAGCACUCGUUCACGCGGGAAGAGAUGCGCCGAUCGGUCGCUCGGUCACAAACUUCUAUAAACGAAAGUAGUCGCAUGAUAAUGGACGCUAUCCAGCAGUCUCACACGCGAAAUCGCGAGGAUGCCUCGGCGCUGCGUCGUGACAUGGUGACUAUGUCUCAGAAGCUCUUGGCUGCAACCUCUUCCCAAGACAUGGCGAUUGUGGAACGGACUAGCGACGCUCUUCUUGAUCGCCUUAGUAUCUUCCCCUCGACCAACGAACUGGAACACUGGCGCUUUCAGCAGUUCGUAUCCUCCUUGGUUCCUUUAGCAGCAUUCGGCGCCGCAGUCGUAGCUCAAUCCAAUAUCGAUCCGAAGUGGCGUACGACGGCGCUAUGGACGACCAUCUGCGCCUUAUUGGUCCACGUACUUCGCCUACAGUCCUCUCUUCCUCCCACAGUAGCGACAGCCAGGGAUAGCGUGAUCAUCUUGGUAGACGUUCUCGGAAAGAAGAUAUUCGUCGAUCUUCAACUGUGUAACUCCUUGGAGCACUUCAACGGGUUCAUUGACAGCUACUUCACGACCCAAGGGCUCCCCGGCCAGGAUCUUAUCCAGAAAGGCGCUUACGAGCUUUACGGAUCUGACAACCAUCAGGCCCUCACAUCUCGUACCUGGUCCCAGUACAUUGCUCCUGGCGUUCGGAUCGAGAUGGGCAUCCUACUCCAUCGCGCGGGGUCAGACCGGUCUGCCCCCGUUCUCUGCCCGUGGUGUCAUACGGAGGCUUUGGAAGACGUGUCGAGCUCUUUGUAUUCAUGCAUGGGCUGCUCCCGAUCGUUCAUGGCGACCAGAGAGUCAGGUUCCUUGAAUAAUCAGUCUGGGAUUAACGGACCGCCGUUAUCAUCGAGAAGCACAUUAUCUCAGAGAAAGCGUUCUACUCCGAGAUCUCCUCUUCCUCGCCAAAACGUAGAUGGGACAUCGAUCGAACAGGAAGAAGACGAGGACCUGGCUGACGAUGUACAACACUUUGUGCGCAUUCGUGUCAUCGAGAAGUUCGUGGACUUCGUACUGCAAAAUGAUACACUCGAUGGUUACAUUCCCCUGUCAUUCGGGUUGGAGAAGACGAUCAUGCUAUACAGCAAGUACAUGGGAAGUCGAGAUUCUUCUCACAUUCCGAGCGGUAUACAGCGCAUGCAGGACGGAAGCUAUCGUUCAGGCACGCGACUCGAUGUUGCCUUAGACUAUCGUGUCGAUCAGAAAGGCAUCGUGGUACCGCAGACGAUGUGGCAGCCUCAACAGGCCGGGGAUGUGCACCGCCACUUUCGUGACGCAGCUCUCAACGACCCGAUCUUCUUCUUCUCGACGGACUUCAUAUUGGGUGUCGACUUGGCCCGUGUCUAUGCCAAUCAUCCUGGAACACCACUCGUCAUCUUGCGUGCUAGCGCUCCCGCUCCUCUGGGCAAUAUGGUCACCGCUCACUUCUGUCUAGGGUGGCCCGGUUAUGCACAGGCGUAUCGAAAGCAGGUUGAGCUGAGGGAUUCCAAUAGGACUCCCAUCACAAUGUCCAAGUUGGUCGAGCGCAUCGCUUCAUUCGUGCGCCGAUUCAUAGAGGAAGCUGGAAGUUGGCCAAUAGAUCCAGAGCAUGCUGUAUGGCGCGUCGGUCGAGGCUUUAUAUCCGCAGACCAUCUAAACAUCAUCGGGCUCGUCCAUGUGUCCAUAGGUUGUUGGCAACCCAUUCUCCAGCUCAAAGGGUCACCAGCUCAAGGGGUCAUAUAA